AGAGUUUUUAACCGGCUGUGUUCUACAUAUAUGCUGAUUAUAUCGCCUUUGUACCGACUUAGUGAUAGACUGUUUAUAUACUGAUAAGGCUUUACUACCAUGGUGAGUCAGACUGCUGUCGUGAACAAGACCAAAGCUUUUCAAAGAGCUGUGUGUGUCCUGAACAGCCUGCAGAAUAAUGGACGUCAGAAGAAUCCAGGCUUGCAGCUCCAGGCCAUGCAGGGAUUCCUCCAUCGCACUGGCAUCGCUGUGGGUGAACUGGACAAACUCAACAUCAUCCAUGUCACUGGGACUAAAGGAAAGGGAUCAACGUGUGCUUUCACUGAAAGAAUAAUCAGGAAUUAUGGCUUUCGCACAGGAUUUUACAGCUCUCCACACUUGGUUCAUGUCAGAGAGAGAAUACGCAUCAAUGGAUGGCCAAUCAGCAAGCAGCUUUUUACCAAGUACUUUUGGGAGGCGUAUGAGCGACUAGAGGAAACAAAGGAUGCCCAUGGAGGCACCAUGCCCUUCUAUUUCCAGUUCCUGACUCUUCUUGCGUUUCAUGUCUUCCUGCAGGAGAGGGUGGAUUUAGCAGUGAUUGAAGUGGGGAUUGGAGGGCAGUAUGACUGCACAAAUAUAAUUAGGAAGCCAUGGGUGUGUGGGAUCACAUCUCUUGGUUUUGAUCACUGUAGUCUGCUUGGAGACACAAUGGAGAAGAUUGCUUGGCAGAAGGCUGGGAUAUUUAAGCCAGGUGUACCAGCUUUCACCGUCAGACAACAGCCCAGUACCAUGACAAUCCUGCAGCGCAGAGCUGAAGACAUCGAGUGUCCUCUGUACGUGUCUCCUGAGCUGGAUCAGUAUGAAGCUGUGGGUGGGCCCAUGAGCCUUGGACUGGCUGGGACACACCAGCGCUCAAAUGCAUCACUUGCUUUGCAGCUCAGUUACAGUUGGCUGCAACGCCACAAAGCCGAGGAGACAGGAGGUGGUCACAGCUUAGUUCCUGCAGGCUGCAGACUGAGCUCUCAAGCUGCCCCAUUCCAGCCCAGCACAGCUAUGUUGAAAGGUCUACAGGAAACAGAAUGGUUGGGACGAAACCAGAUGCUAAAGUGUGGCUCUGUCACAUAUUACCUGGAUGGAGCACAUACCACUGCCAGUAUGCAGGCCUGUGUCUGCUGGUUCAGACAGGAGAUGAUGCAGAGAGAUCAGACUCAGAGCCGUGCACUUAAAGUCCUGCUCUUUAACACAACGGGAGAGAGGGACCCUGCUGCGUUACUCAAAGUGCUGCUGCCCUGCCAGUUUGACUACGCUCUCUUCUGUCCCAACGCCACGGAAACACCUGCUGACAACACAGCUCAUCACAGCAUCAGUGUGUGUGUGCAGCGCCUACUGACUCGCUGCAGAGAAAACCAGAGCAGCUGGCAGCACCUGAACACAGCAGAAACGAUCCAUCCUCACCAGCGCCACCUGGUGACCAGCUCUGCGAGUCACAGCCUGGUGUUCCCCUGCAUUCCAAGCGCCCUCCGAUGGAUAAAGCAGGGAGAACAGCCAGUGUUGAAACCCGCUGGAUCAAUGGGCCCCACUGAGUUCAAUGACAGGCUGAGAGAGACGGGUACCAUCUCUGUGCUGGUGACUGGAAGUCUGUACCUGGUGGGAGGAGUACUCAAACAUCUGGAGCCUUCAUUGGACUCAUGACUCAUCUGAGUCAACAUAGUCUCUUUGAUAAAUGUGAUGAUCAACAGCAGCACUCUAAACUAAUGGUUUACAUUCAACAGUUACAGACACUGUUAUUUAUCAUGGCCUGUUUGUACCCCAGUCACUCUGCAACCGUAUUUCUAUGAUAGUCAUAUAUGGAGACAAACUCUGUUCUACCCAACAGUUAAUUGAUAUUCUAGGUUUACAAAUAGAGUUUCAAUCCCAGGACUGUUUCUAGAGAUUGUAAUAAUACCUCCAACUUGAUAUUUUAGCUAGGUGUCACUAUGACAUCAGGUUAUAAAGCCAAACGUAUGUGGAGCAUUUACAAUAUGUGGUUUGUUUCUAUAUCAAAAAUAUUGGUCACUACUUGAAAGCUUUCGUCUCUGUUUAUAUAGCUGGUUUAAUAUUUAAUUUAAUUGACACAAAAUUAUGUUACAUGAUCUAUUUCAAUUAUACUACUGCUUAUUUUUUAUUUAUUCAUUUGAAAUGAAACAUUUUUGAUGACAAAGAUUUAAAAUGAAAUUGUUUUGAAAAGUUCAUCAUGGAAUUAAGUCAACCUAUGAGUGCAUAUUCAAGUCGAUCUCCCUAUACAAAUAAACUGUGGCAGCAAAUAUGGUUCGGAAAUGCACUGCUUUUGUUAGCAAUGGAUUCAGAGUGCGGUCGGCCAAAGCACAUGACUGUCACAACAGUGACCAGAGCCCACAUCCGGAGCCCUACCUGCAGCAUAGUCCAUGCAACAAAAGCCCCAUGACUGGAGACAGAUCAUGGUUCUUUUGUGCCUGUAUUUGUAUACUGAAGUCACAUGCUCAGACACAGUGGGUAUAAUUCAGAUAUCUGAACAUUGUCUCAGACAUGUAUUAUGUGAUGUAACACAUUAAAGAAACUGACGUGCAUGAUUAUUUUUUAAUAUCAAAAUGCUGAUGAUGACCAAUGCUAAGCCUG